AUGUGGGAAGUCUUCAAGUCUACGCUGUUGUGCCUUAUGACCACAGUUACACACAUGAGGCAAUGUUUGGAGAAGCCUCUGAGCCCUCAUUACAAAGGAGGUAUAGUGGUGAAUCCGGAAUUCAACGAGGGAUUGAAAGGAUGGACGUCGUUUGGUGAUGCAAAAAUAAGGCAUGAAGAAGCCAACGAUGGCAACAAGUAUAUUGCUGCCACUGCUAGAAACCAAGCCCACCAUAGUGUUUCCCAACAAUUUGAUUUUGACAAGGAUAAGCUUUACACAUUUUCUGCUUGGCUGCAAGUAAGCAAAGGCAGCUCUGAUGUAGCAGCGGUUUUCAAGACAGCCAAGGGCUCGAUAAUCGCGGGCUGGGUGUCUGCGAAAGAGGGCUGCUGGUCCAUGCUCAAGGGUGGCUUGGUUGUUGAUACUUCUGGCCCUGCCCAACUCUAUUUUCAGAGCGAAAAUCCAACAAUAGAUAUUAGAGCAGACAGCGUGUCACUACAACCAUUUACUCAAGAAGAAUGGAAAUUGCACCAAGAUCUGAACAUACAGAAGGCGCGAAAGACAAAGGUGAACUUCCAAGCGGUGGACCAACGCAACCGCCCCAUCCGAAACGCCACCGUCUCAAUGAGCCUCCGCCGAUCCCACUUCCCGCUGGGCUGCGCCAUCAACCAAAACAUCCUCCAAAAUGCGGCGUACCAGAAGUGGUUCACGUCCCGGUUCCGCUACACCGUCUUCGAGAACGAGCUCAAGUGGUACUCCACCGAGCGCACCCGGGGCGCCGAGGACUACUCCGUCUCCGACGCCCUCAUGCGUUUUGCCAAGUCCCACGGCAUCUCCGUCCGGGGCCACAACAUCCUCUGGGACGACCCCUCCCGCCAGCCCUCCUGGCUCCCCACCCUCUCCCCCGCCGACCUCCGCGCCGCCGCCGACCGCCGCGUCGACUCCGUGACGCGGCGCUACAGAGGGCAGCUGAUCCACUGGGACGUCAUGAAUGAGAAUCUCCACUUCGACUUCUUCGAGAGCAGGCUCGGCCAGGGCGCCUCCCUCAGUUACUAUCUCCGAGCGCAGAGGCAUGACCGUAAAACGGUGCCGUUUUUAAACGACUACAACACCAUCGAGGAGUGCAGCGACGCGGCCUCCUCGCCCCGGAGGUAUUUGGAUAAGCUUCACGGGAUCUGGAAGGGAGGGUUCAAGGGGAGCAUAGGCAUUGGCGUGCAGGGGCAUUUCACAUCUGCGAAUUUGCCCUACAUGAGGUCGGCCCUCGACAUCCUGGCGACUGCCAAGGUUCCGAUUUGGGUGACGGAGCUGGACGUGGGGCCCGGGCCGGAUCAGGCGAGGGAUUUGGAAUGGGUCAUGAGGGAGCUGCACUCGCAUUGGGCGGUGAAGGGGAUCGUGCUGUGGUCGGCGUGGGGCCCGCAGGGGUGCUACCGGAUGUGCUUGACGGAUAAUGAUUUUAGGAAUUUGGCGACCGGUGAGGUGGUGGAUAGGUUCAUGAGCCAGUUCAAGGAGGAGGCGAGUGGGAUGACGGAUGCGGAGGGAUUCUUUGAGGCGUCGGUGUUUCAGGGGGAGUAUGAGGCUAAGGUUACUCACCCUAAUGGAGAGGGAUUUUCUAGUGUUGAAGCGAUCAAUUUGGUGCCGGAGAAAGCGUCACAAGUUUUUCGGUUUAACAUUAGUGUCUGAUGUGUUUAUCUAAAGUACAUAACACAUAAUACUACUGGUUAGGGGAAGUAUUGUGUAAAAACUGCUUUGAUGGUUUAGUUUCUUUUUUCUGAUUAAGUUUUUUUAAAA